GUCACUCACUGCUUCGUUCGUUCAUCCAUCAACUACUGGAAAUUAGAGAGCCGGAUCUCUCGGUCGGAGAAGCUAGAAUUAAAAAGUACCUGCGAGGAAGGACUAAGGAGUCGAAGAUGGCUGCGGCGGUGCUGUCCGUGCGCACGACGACGACGUCGCUGCUAGCAGCAGUCGUCCUGUGCCUCUGCGUCGUCUCCCUCUCCUCCCGUGGCGCCGCCGCCGCGCGGGUCUCCCCCGGCGCCAGCCCGAUCGUGGCCACCUGCAUGACGGGCCCGUACCCGGAGCUGUGCGUGGCGGAGCUGGGGCAGCGGCUGCUGGACGUGCAGACGUCGAUCGCGUCCGCGGCGCCCGAUCAGCGCGCGGCCAGGAUCGCGGGCGCCCCGGGGCAGGUGGACGUCAGAGCGCUGGUGGCCGUGGCGCUGGAGGCGGCCUCGGAAGCCGGCGCCGUCGCGGUGUCCAUCUUCGAGGGCAAGCUCCCCGGGUUCAACACCGGCGUGCCCGACUUCCGCCGCUGCCUCGGCAACUGCACCGUCACCAUGCGCAGCGCCAUGCAGAAGCUCCACGGCGCCACCGCCGCGCUGCACUCGGGCGACACGCAGGUGGCCAGGACGCUCGCGAUGCGCUCUGCCGCCGACGUCUCGUCCUGCACCGUCAGCUGCAGGGAGCUCAACGGCGACGUGCGCCUCAUCGUCGUGCAGAGCCUCACCGAGUUCACCAAGAUGCUCCAGAUCGCCGUCAGCUUCAUCAGCAAGAUGAAGCCGCUUCCACCGUCAGCUCCAGCGCGAACUGCCACGCCAUGAUCACCUACAUAUGCGCAGCGUGGUUCUUCUAACUAAGAGAGCGGGAUCGAGAAGAAAUUGAAGCCGCUAAUAAUUAGCCAUCGUUCUCUAGAGUUCCUUUCUUCGUUUGUUUUGGUGUGUGUUCCUUUUCCCCGUUUUUUUUUUUGUUUUAGUGUGAGUUCUCUCUUCUGUAAAUAAGAUGCAGGUUUCAUGGCCAUUGUGCCUGGCUCUGGUUGUGAACCUGAGAAUGAGAUUACAUGUUUUCUUUCUGAUUCAAGAAAAAAUUGUGAA